AGUACAACGGCUAACUUUAUCACUUAUGGCCUAUAUCUAGUUCAAUUUAAACUUAAUUUAGUUCGGUCAUACGAGGGCUUUCACUACACCCCAGCUGCUUUCAAGCAGUAUUUUACUGUGUACGUGUGUUUUUUAAACAGACAUAGCGUCGAGGUCCCGUACAUGGCUUUAAUUGACGUGAAAUAGAAGCGGUUUAAUGGAAUGCUGUUCGGUCGUCCUUUCUGCCUUUUUCAGUAAGUAGACUGGUCCCUCUGACGAACUUACUGGCAUACAUUAAAGCGGUUACGUUAGUGUCUUCUUUAUCUCGACACUAAAACCUGACGAAAGCGACGCAAUGUACAUGUGAAAUGUACGUGACAAUAUUGCUUUUUUGACCAGCUGUUAACGUCAGCGGAACUGUAUAUUUUUUAGUAACGCAGCCCCCCCCCCACCACCAAAAAAAAAGAAACGAAACAGGGGCCUAGUAUUUAUACGCGUUUCACAGCCCGCUCCAAUACAUAGCGAUUAAAAUCAAAUUCAAACUUGCGCAAAGCAGACAUUCCCAGCCAUCACAAAAUGUGGAUGAAGGAAUCCUAUCCCUCAACGCCACCAAUAUGGUUUGUCGACUCUGAUGAUCCCAGUCUGGCUGAAGUGUUGGAGCGCCUAGAAGAUGUGAGGAAAGGCAGCACAUUGCUUCUACAGCAGUUGAAGCGCCUUAUUUGUGAUCUCUGUCGUCUUUACAACCUGCCACAACAUCCAGAUGUAGAAAUGCUGGACCAGCCUCUACCAGCUGGCCCGAUCACCCAAGACAGAAAACACGGGUUAUCAGGUGACGUGACAUCUGAAGAGGAAGAAGAAGACGAAAUGGGAGAGCAGGAUAUUGAUCUGGACCAAGACCUGGACCAUUACGAAAUGAAAGAAGAGGAGCCGGUGGAUGGAAAAAAGUCAGAAGAUGAAGGGAUAGAAAAAGAAAAUCUGGCUAUCUUGGAGAAAAUCCGUAAAAAUCAGAGACAAGAUCACUUGAAUGGUGCAGUCUCUGGCUCAGUGCAAGCCUCAGACCGCCUAAUGAAGGAACUCAGGGAGAUCUACAGGUCACAGAGUUACAAGACAGGUAUUUAUUCAGUCGAACUAGUCAAUGACAGCCUUUAUGAAUGGCAUGUGAAGUUAAGGACGGUAGACCCAGAUAGUCCAUUACAUAGUGACUUGCAGGUCUUAAAAGAAAAGGAAGGAGUGGAUUACAUUUUGCUCAAUUUCUCUUAUAAAGAUAAUUUUCCCUUUGACCCACCUUUUGUACGGGUUGUCUCGCCUGUGCUCUCUGGAGGUUAUGUUUUAGGGGGAGGAGCAUUGUGCAUGGAACUUCUCACAAAACAGGGCUGGAGCAGUGCCUAUUCCAUAGAAUCUGUCAUUAUGCAGAUAAAUGCAACUCUGGUUAAAGGAAAAGCCAGGGUGCAGUUUGGAGCCAAUAAGAACCAGUACAAUCUUGCCAGAGCACAACAGUCAUACAAAUCCCUGGUUCAGAUUCAUGAAAAGAAUGGUUGGUACACACCACCUAAAGAGGAUGGAUAAGGAGCUUCUACCACUAUGCACCGGGAACAUGUCUUUGAGUCGUCUUGCUUUCUUUGGAAUAUUUUCCCUCUCUGACUUACUGGGAAUAUAUCAUUGUUCUCACAGAAACCAUCUCGUGGCUCAUUUGACAAGUAUUCCCGUCACCUCGCUCCAGGAAAGACUUUAUUCCGGUCUCACUUUGCUUCUCCCCCUCAGUGUUUUAGUGAGGAGGAUUAUGUGAGGUUAUCACUAGUUCUGUUUUCUAAAUAUGCUCAUUUGUCUUUUGAAAAGAAACAAACAAAAAACAAACAAAAAAAAAAAUUUUCUCCCUUGAAAUUUGGGGAAAUGCUUUUUCUUCAGCUGCUUUGACAAAGCGGGCUUCACAGUCCAUUACCCCUCAUUUAGUGGGAAUUUUAAAGGAAGAUGGAUACAGAAGCAGAACCUCCUCACAACUGCUUUUUUUUUUUUUUCUCUUU